AUGUAUGAUGCUGGAAUCGCAUUCAAUGCGGUCAAAUAUGAUAGUUUCAAGCCAAUGAUUGAAGCAAUUGGGCAAUAUGGUCCUGGGAUGAAACCACCUAGUUAUCAUGAGGUGAGAGAACCUCUUUUGAAAGAAGAGAUCAACCAUACAAUGCUGAUUUUGAAACAUAAUGAAGAAGAGAUGGCGAAGAAUGGUUGUACUUUAAUGGCUGAUGGGUGGAGAGAUAGAAAGGGGAGAUCACUUAUCAAUUUCUUAGCGAAUACCCCAAAAGGCAGCAUGUUUAUUGAAUUAGUUGAUGCAUCUAGCUACUCUCAUACUGGUGAGAAGAUGUUUGAGUUACUUGACAAGUUUGUGCAAAAAGUUGGGGUGCAUAAUAUUGUUCAAGUGGUCACCGACAGUGCAUCGAAUAAUGUUUUUGCUGGAAAGAAGUUGAUGGAUAAAUAUCCAAACUUGUAUUGGACCCCGUGUGCAGCACAUUGUUUGGAUUUGAUGUUUGAGGACAUAUUCAAAAUGCCGGAUUUGAAGAGGGCGCUUGAACGGGCAAUCAUUGUUAACGGAUAUAUUUACAACCGAACUAUGUUGUUGAACAUGAUGAGAGAGUUCACCGGCCAAAGAGACCUUAUAAGGCCAGCUAAAACUCGUUUUGCCACUGCUUUCUUGACUAUGAGAAGCUUUUAG